AUGCCAGUAAGAGAAGCUAUAUCUCCUGAAAAGUCAAGAAAAUCAACCCAAAAGAGACAAAAACAAUAUUUUGAACAACGAAAACGGAAACAAGAGCAAGACCACAGUUCAAGUGUGAUCGAGAGCUAUGCUUACAAUAAAGUUCCGAGCACACAAUGUCAUGAAAAGAAAAGAUCACUUGAUAUUCUCAGUCUGUUUAACUUAUCAAAACAUGGUCAGGAUUGCAGUCCGAGACUCCCAGAAGAAGGUAGGGGAAGCCCAAAUGGCAAAAGUACAACACCAAACUACCAAACUACACAUUGUCCAAAUGCGGUUCGAAUGGAAAUAAAAAAUGGCUGUUCUUCUGAACAUGUUGUAAUAAGGGAAACAGGAAUUGCAUCCAAUCACCUGAAAGAGACAGAAUCUUCCCAGGAUCAUCCUGAUGCUUCAAGACGGAACCAAGCCAAAUAUCCAAUGAAGACAACUACUGAUUACAAGAUGUCUGUCAUUGAUUUGCUUGGUGAUGAUGGACCAAAUAGCAGUUCAAGAGAAAAUUUUGUGCAUGAGAAUCAUGUUUCGUUUUCUGUUGAAGGUCUAGGGAAAGUGGGAACGGAAACUCCUGUACAUUCACCACAACAUCCCACAAGAAACUUUUCCUAUAAAUGCUCUGCACCGCCCAAAAUUUCCAAAGGAUUUCAUUCCUUCAAGAACAUUGAUUGCAGCGUGGAUGAUCAAUUUUCUGAAUUGGUGAAAGAGGAUCAUAUGGCUUUUGGUGUUGAUUUUGCAACUGAUGAUAGCUGUUUAGAGCUCCCUCCUUAUCUAAUAGAAAAAUGCCAUAAUUCGAAGCAAAAAACAGUGGUUGGCAAAGAAAGCUUGUUACAGAAUGCAAAAGAUUUUUUAAGCAAUGACAAAAGUUUUGAUAGCAGGUUGGAGUUCGAUGAAUUAAAUUGGCAUGAAGAGUCUAGCUUCUUAGAUGACAAUUAUUGUGGCUUGCCUCGAAAGAACCGGUCAUGUGAUUUAGAUUCCUGUAUUUUGAAUCCGACGGGAAGAAGGAACUGCAAUAAGCCAGACUUCUCUUUUGAAGGUGUUCCUAUGCAAAAGAGGAGACUUAGUGAAAAGGCAGCAAGCUCCCUCAACGGUUCAGCGUCAUAUUCUUCAUACAAGCGCCAAAUGGAGCAUGGCUAUGAUUUUAUGGCGUCCAACAUGAAACGUUAUCCAACUUGCGAUGACAACUGGGAGUUUGGUGAAAUGACCCAUUGUUCAGCUUGGCCUUCAUUUGAAAAAGAAGAUGCAAGAGAAUGCCUGAGCUUUUUAAGCGAAGAUUCAUGCUUGUCCCUAUCAGUAUGGCGUGAAGGAACCAUAAAUCCGUCAUUUAACGGUACUGUAAGGCGGAAAACAAAGGGACCUGAAGCUGAUUUCAGAAGACCAGUGGUUGAUAACAUCUGCACAAAAAAUAAUACAUGUACUGAGGAAUUUUGGCAACAGGAGAGUGGCAUUUCCUCACGAGCAUGUAACAUGAUGUCAGAGUUUUCAACUCCGGGUGAUGAUUGGAUAUUUGAAGAACAGUGCAAUAUCAAGAAUGUAAAACCAGGUUACGUUCCCCUGAACGCAUUUGAAACCCAAAAGUCUCCCCCUUUUGGUUGCAAACAUUGGGCAGAAGAGACAUUUGAUCAAGCUUUCAAUCCGAAGGUUUAUGGUAAUGAGAAAUCGCCACCUUCAAGGUCUGAACAAGAUGCCUUCAGUGGCAAUCUUUUCUCAGUAAAAGAUGGAUUCUGCGAACAGUUUAGUCCAAGUCACUCCUCUCAUAUUAGCAAAAGCAAUAAUGUAGAAUGUGGACAUCAGGAGUCAUUUCAUGGUCUUUUUAAGGAAGAGAAAGAUUCCCACACGAUGCAAUUUCAGGAGAGUGUUAGCACGGGGGAAAAUAGAUCAGCUACUCUACCAGCCAUCAGCAGCACACUUGAUCAGAUCAAUUACUCAUCCUCAACAAAAGAAACACCAAUGGAUGUCUUAGAAUCGGAAGACAACCACAGUCAGUUUGAGGAAUCAAAAGUUAAAACUCCAGAACUGAAUCCCCGUCAAAAUGUGGUACUUUCUCCUUUACGUUCAGAUGGGGGAUCGUCCUCUGUUGAAAUGCCCCAGACACUGGAAGAAUUUAAAGAACAUUCAAAUGGUACACAAACUUCUCUCAUGAGCCAAAAUGAGCAUGAAGUAAUAGAGGAUUCUGGACGUGGAAAAGGAGAUCUAAAACAUUAAGGACCACACAACAAUAUUGAUAGGUCUUGUAAAGUGAUGAUGCUUGGGAGAUUCGCUCUUCAACUUCUUUGGGUACAGAAUAUGAAGAAAUCAUCCAUACACCAUACUUCGAAGCAGAAUUCUGUUGGUGUAGAGGUACUUGAAAGAGGGAAUUUGAGUGUUUAUCAAGAACCCCUGAAACAGUCUCAUACUAAGAGGUAAAUAUAAAAGCUUGAAUCACUAAGUGGAAACUGAGGUAAGAGUGACCAAGCAGACGACACUACAAUGGGCAAAUGCACAAGCAGUGUAAAUGGUGUAUACAUUAUAUUACAAGACAACACUACAUUUAAGACUGUCAUUAGGGUCUUUAUGAGAAAUAUGUUUCAAUUGUAACCGUGUUGGUACUGCCACAGAACAAAUCAAUCAAUUUUUUGGAAAUGGUA